AACAAAAGGAAAACCAACACGACGUUGUCUUUUGAUUGGGAGGAAAAAGAAAACAACAGUGGAAGACAAAAACACUCUCUCCUCUCCUUCCUCCUCCAUUGAUCUCAUACUCUGUAAAAAACACUCAAACUAGAUUCAGAAACCUCUUCCUUCCCAUCUCCCUUCCUUGGAGAGAGACCGAUAAAUUGGGUAAAGCAGAAAAGAAAUUUCAGAACUUUACAAACAACAAGAUCCAGAACAGUUGAACAUUCUGCAAUAGAGAACACAAAUCAAGAAGGGGUUCAGUAUUACUUAUUACUCCAAGCUAUUACAAAAACCCAUCACUCAUUUACUGGUAAAGUUCUUCUUUUUAUUUCUUUCUCAUAUCUCUGAAAACACUAGGUUUCUGUACUCUUUCAGUUAGAGAUCUUGUUUUCUAGUGAGCAGUUGGGUCUGAUUUGGUUGUUUAAAUGAUGGGUUUAGUUGGGUUUCAGCAUUUAUGUCCAUUUGGAUGAUAAUUUCUGACAUGGGUUUUCACCAGAUAAAUAGAUUUUUGGGAAUAGAUAGAGAAAUUCUCAUUACUCAAUCUUAAUUAGUUAUUCUGUUGUAAUGUAAGGAAACCCUUUAUAAGAAUUUAAGUGAUUGGAUGAUAACUGGCAUCUUAAAUUUAAGACAUGGAAAUGAAGGAUUAACUUGGGGGUUUGGAUUGGAUGAAGUGAUUCUUGUUUGGAUAUAUGUAUGUGUGUUUCUUAAAGUUGGAUCGAAUACUAAGUAAUAGUGAACUGAUGUUUCUUAAAGUUGGAUCGAAUACUAAGUAAUAGUGAAUUGAUGUUUCUUAAAGUUGGAUCGAAUACUAAGUAAUAGUGAAUUGAUUGGGGUUUACUGAAAUGGCGUCUACUAUUAGAAGAACGUUGUCGCCGGUGCCACAAGCUAGGGCAACUAAUGGGGAGGCUCAUUCAGUGCCUUCUCCCUUGUCCAAGUCUUCUAAUACUACUCAGAACCACAUUCCAUCAGUAGGGUUAUUGACUAAAAUUUUGGGUUUGAUGGAGUCUAAUCCAAUUUUGUAUAGACUUCAAGCUGUUCUUCUUGGUAUUUUCACACAGAGAUCAUCUAGGUCCUUGGAGAGAUCAAAAUCUAAGGUGUCGUUUUGGAGAAGAGCUUUUUUCAAUAUUUUCAUUUUCUUUUCAAUUGGUAUUUUCUUUGGUUUCAUGCCCCUUUUCUCCAACUUUUCCGAAAAUAUUAUGUCGAAGAAUCAAACGUUCUUAUUCGAUGCCAUCCCAGUGGCUGGAAAUGUUAAUCAGCACGAUGGUACCUUCAUAAGCAGGAAACAAGGAUUAGGGAAUUUUUUACCAAAAGAAAACUCUAGCCUAGAGAUAUUAGCAGAUAAGCGGGAUAUGACAGAUGAAAUUUCUGAUGUUAACUCCUCUACUAAAUUGACUAUUGAGGAUUCAGAUUCUGUGUACCGGAAGCUUUUGAUAAUUGUUACAUCUACAUAUGCUCGACCAUUUCAAGCCUACUAUCUGAAUCGUUUGGGUCAGACACUAAAGCUGGUGCAAGCACCACUGUUGUGGAUAGUGGUGGAGAUGCCGUCACAGUCGCCAGAAACAGCUGAUAUCUUAAGGAAAACUAGGGUUAUGUAUAGACAUCUUGUGUGCAAUGAGAAUGAAACCACUACAAGGAACAGAGGUCUUCACCAAAAAAAUGUGGCUUUGUCGCACAUUGAAAUGCAUCAUCUUGAUGGAAUCGUGUAUUUUGCAGACGACAAUAAUGUGUAUACUCUCGAGCUUUUUGAGCAAAUGAGGAAGAUCAGUCGUUUCGGCACAUGGCCGGUUGCCAUGUUAACAAAUAGCAAGAGUAAAGCCACGGUGGUAGCUCCUGUUUGCAAUGCAAGCCAAAUAACUGGAUGGCACACAACUGAUAGGAACCGAAGACUCCGGAGAUUCCAUUCUCCUAUCUCGGGGCUUGCUUUUAAUAGUACAAUAUUGUGGGACCCCAAGAGAUGGCGUCGCCCAAUGCUGGAACCUAUUAGGCAGCUUCACAAAGUCAAAGAAGUCAUACAAGUGAGCACAUUUAUUGAGCAAUUAGUUGAAGAUGAAUCCCAGAUGGAAGGUUUUCCGGAUGAUUGCUCGAGAAUUCUGGUUUGGCAUCUCCCUCUAGAAGCUUUUUUGUCCAUGUACCCCAGUCAAUGGUUGAUUAAGAAAAAUCUGGAUGUUGUUUCACCACUUACCUGAACAGAACCAUCUUAUAGACUAGGCAGCUAGGCCAUUGCCCAGAGCCUCGAAUUGUCGGGGCCCAAUUUUUUUAAUUUUUCUUACAGCAAUGUUUGUUUUUCUUACCUAUAUAGGUAGAGUGCUUUUACAUAGUGGUCUAGCACUGUUUUUGUUGAUAGUCGCUUUAUCUGGGUGUUAUUGAAGGCCGUUUUUAUUUUUUAAGCACCCCAUGUUGCUUUCCGAUACCAUCUAGCCAUUACUUCACUCUUGUACCAUUAGAAUAUCACUAUACCACUGGCAGAAGAUCAAAUUUCAAUUUGAAUCCUACUUUUAUUUUUGCGUA